AUGUCUUCUUCCGCUCCUACCGCAAAGCUGCAGCCUACGCAGAGCAACGAGCCCGACCCCGCGCAGACCGCAAACGUGCCAUCUGGUCAAGGCCCAUCCACUCUCGAAGAAGACGAUGAAUUUGAGGACUUUCCUGUAGAAGACUGGGCGCAAGAGGAUACCGAGGUUCCCAGCGGUACAACGCACUUGUGGGAAGAGAGUUGGGACGAUGACGAUGAGAACGAGGACUUCAGCAAGCAAUUGAGGUAA